UAAUGGGUCCCAUAAGAUAGUUAUAAGCGUUUGUAUGUGCCUAGACAUUUUGGCCAUAGUUUAUGAUUAGAUUUUUUUAGGCUGAAAAAGGGCCAUUUACAAUCUUUUUCUAUUGUCCUUUAGCCAAAUGGGGAAUAUCAAUAGCCAAUAUAAAUGACAUGAUCAAGAAGCCUGUUGAAACAGUAAAUCCUGUUUAGUAAUCAGUUAUAACAUUAACUGGAACCCUUAUUGCUAGGUAUUAGAUAACAUUAUUAAUUAGAUGGUGCUGGGUAUUAUCACCAAGAUAAUAUAUGUUGGUAGUGUGCAAUUCUGUGAUGGCAUGUACAGGAAUCAUUCAAUUAUGGAGAAAACAGUAUAGAAUCUAAAUAAAUUAUUAGUUAAGCUGGUCUCUUAUUUUGAA